AUGAUGCAGUGCAGUGGAUCCAAAGCAGCAGUUGCUGCUGCUGUUGCGGCUGCUGCUACUGCUAGGGGUGUUCCCCAUGUGUACAUUAGGAGUCAACUCGCCCUUGCGCAAAGACAUGGCCAACACAGCAUUGCUGCAGCAGCAGCAGGCCUGAGCAGCCGCAACACAGGCAGCAAUGUAGCCGCUCUCCGAGUUUGCUGCUGCUGCUGCUGCUGCAGCACACGCAGGAGAGCGGGGACAUGGCGCUGCUACUCUGUUUUAAGGGACAGUGAUAGGCUGAAGCGUGUUUUUGAGGAGGUUGCGGCGGCUGAGGAGGCGGCCGAGAAGAGUCCCAGUAUCAUCUACAGCAGCAGCAGCAGCAGCAGCAGCAGCAGCAGCAAAACCAGCAACAGCAGCAAAAGUUACGGUAGACUUCGCGGUGCCGGCAGAAAACUGGGAGCGAGGAGCAGCAGAGACAGCCUAGGGAGUGACGACGUUUUGGACCACGACCUUGAGGAGAGCGGCCACAGCAGCAGCAGCAGCCACAGCAGCAGCAGCAGCCACAACAGCAGCAGCAGCAGCAGCAUUCCUAGCAGCAACAGCAGUGAUAUGGAAUCUGAAGGUGACGCGCCGUAUGGCGGUGAUGCUGGAGGUGAUCCUCCAUUAUAUGUGCGUGCAGAGGUUGUGCUCUCCAAAGAGCAGCAAGAGAUGUUUGCUGCAGCAGAGGCCGAUGCAGAAGCAGCAGCAGCUGCUGCAGCUGCUGAGCGGCAGAAGGGCUUCCUUAACUGUGUGUCUGCGGCGGAGUCGGCCGAAGGGGGGCUGCGAGGCAUUCUGCAGCAGUCCUUCGAGCAGCUGCUGCCUCCCCACAUCGCUGCAGCAGCAGGACCGCCAGGAACAGCAGCAGCAUCUGCAGCAGCAGCAACAGCAGCAGCAGCACCAGCAGCAGCAGGUGAUGGCGCCCCCGAGUUUAUUUGGAAUGGGGAUGAUGAUGCUGCCCUUACUCCAGCCCAAAGGUUUUACAGAGACAACAGGGAUCUGCUGCUGCAGCGUGCAGAGCAGUAUCUACGGGGGAAGCACGCAGCAGCAGCAGCAGCAGCAAGUGCUGCUGCUGCUCCGGGAGCUGCGGCUUCUGCUGCUGAUGAAGAUGAAGAAUGGGAUGAUGCAGCACAAACACUGGAAGAGGACUGGAAAGCGUUCUUCAAUCCUGUUCACAAACCUCCCAAAGGCUUUCGCUGGCCAGUUCACCCUGCAGCAGGGUCUGCAGCAGCAGGAUCUGCUGCUGCUGCUGCUGCUGUGCCGCCAGUGGACUUGGAGUUUUGCACAGGCCAGUAUCCGUCUUUAGAUGAGUUCAAGUCUCUGUUGGCUCAGGAAGGCGUCACGGACGUGGUCUGUCUGAAUCUGGAGGCUCUGCAGCGAAAAGACUUGGGGCUUGUUGCCUUUAUUGGGACAUGCGGGACGGCUGCUCAUUGCAGGAGGGUCUCACGACUGCUGCGGUCGCUCAUAAGCUCUCUGGAGAUUCCCGAAGUAUCCGACAGCUGCAGCUGCAGCAGCGGCAGCACACGCCGAAACACGUCGCGGACAAGCAGCAGCAGCAGCGAGUGGUUUGUGGCUUGUCUCGGUCCAGUGUCUGUACACCUCAUGACAGCUGCUGCCAGGGAGUUCUAUGACGUAGAACGCCUGUGGAGCAGCAACAGCAGCACAGAGCAGCAGCAGUACGAAUCGCAGGAGGAAUCCGAUGAAGACCUGCUGCAUUUCCCAAACCUCAAGAGAGAGGGUGACGCGCUGCAGCAGCAGCAACAGCUAAUGCUGCAGCCGCCUCAGGAGAAACACGAAAGCCAAUGCGAAUAA